ACCUCACCCUCACAGAUGAUAGCCGUCCCUCACAGAGGACAAACGGAAAUAGCGGAAGGCUGCCCUCAGUCAAUAUGGCGCGGGCGGCGUCAGUCACGCAGCUCGCCAGGUCUUUCCGGCCCGCGAGCGCCCGAGUGGCUUCGCGCGAUCUUCGAAGGCGCGCGCACUGCAUUGUGGGGUGGUGGAGGCGGCGGCGGCGGCUGCGUUGGGCUGAGUGGCGGUGAGCCGACGGGGUCCGAGGCGAUGGCUUCCUGGAGCGCGCCUGCUCCCAGCCUCAUAGAGUAUUUUGAGGGCAGGUCCCUGUACCAGUGUGGCUAUUGCAAGGAUGACUCGUGCAGUGUCUCCUACGGCAUGUGGGCACAUUCUUUGACAGUGCAGGAUUAUCAGGAUCUUAUAGACCGAGGAUGGAGAAGAAGUGGGAAAUACGUGUACAAGCCUAUCAUGAAUCAAACAUGCUGUCCUCAGUAUACAAUAAGGUGUCAUCCUUUACAGUUUCAGCCAUCCAAAUCUCACAAGAAGGUUUUGAAAAAAAUGCUGAAAUUUCUGGCUAAAGGGGAGAUUUCGAAAGGCAAUUGUGAGGAUGAGCCCAUGGAUUCUACAAUGGAGGGUGCUGUUGCUGGUGACUUUGCAUUAAUAAACAAGUUGGAUAUAAAAUGUGAUCUUAAAACACUCAGCAGUGACCUCAAAGGAAGCAUAGAGAGUGAAGAGAAGAAGAAAGAAAAAAAUUUAAAGAAAGACGGAUCUAAAGAAUUAAUUCAUCCACAAGCUAUAGAGAAGUUGGGCUCUGGUGAACCAUCACAUUCAAUCCAGGUUCAUACUGGUCCUAAGCCAGGUAAAGGGGCUGAUUUGAGUAAGCCUCCAUGUCGAAAAGCAAAGGAAAUGCGGAAAGAAAGGAAAAGGUUAAAACUCAUGCAGCAAAACUCAGCUGGAGCCUUUGAGGGCCUCCAGGCUCAAGGUCAGCCAGCGUCUUUGUUACCAAAGGCUAAAUCCAAUCAGCCCAAGUCACUUGAAGAUUUAAUUUUUGAAUCUUUACCAGAGAAUGCAUCUCACAAGUUAGAGGUGAGGGUGGUGAGAUCUUCUCCACCAAGUCCUCAGUUCAAAGCCUCAUUUCAGGAGUCUUACCAGGUCUAUAAGCGUUACCAGAUGAUUAUUCACAAGGAUCCACCUGAUAAACCAACUGUGAGCCAGGUGAGGCUAGUACCUGCCUCCUUUGAGGAUCCAGAGUUCAAGUCAUCCUUCAACCAGUCCCUUUCUUUAUAUACCAAGUAUCAAGUGACCAUACACCAGGAUUCACCUAUUAAUUGUGGAAAGACUGAGUUCACAAGAUUCCUUUGCAACUCACCAUUGGAGGCAGAACACCCUGCUAAUGGACCAGAGUGUGGUUAUGGCUCCUUUCACCAGCAGUACUGGCUUGAUGGGAAGAUCAUUGCUGUGGGUGUGAUAGACAUCCUCCCAUACUGUGUGUCUUCUGUGUAUCUGUACUACGAUCCUGAUUACUCAUUUCUAUCUUUGGGUGUCUAUUCAGCAUUAAGAGAAAUUGCUUUUACUAGACAACUCCAUGAGAAAACAUCGCAACUCAGCUAUUACUAUAUGGGUUUCUACAUUCAUUCCUGCCCCAAGAUGAGAUACAAGGGUCAGUAUAGACCUUCUGAUUUGCUGUGUCCUGAGACAUAUGUCUGGGUGCCCAUUGAGCAAUGCCUGCCUUCUCUUGACGUCUCCAAAUAUUGCCGUUUCAACCAGGACCCACAGGCAGUGGAUGAAGGGCGUAGUAAGGACCCUGACCGAGUACGGAUACUUUACAGGCGAUCUGCCCUGCCUUAUGGUGUUUAUAAGAAGAACCACCAAGAAGACCCAAGGGAGGAGGUCGCUGUGCUGGAGUAUGCAAACCUUGUGGGACAGAAGUGCUCCGAGAGGAUGCUGCUGUUCAAAAACUGAAGACCUGCACCACAGCCCAGCACCAGCCUGGGCUCUCCUGUUACAGUCCUGCCGUAUUGGCUCCUGCAGCCACGCAUUAAGUACAUUCUUAGAGCUUUUAAAAAAUAUUUUGUGGAAUUGUGUUUAUGAGAAUCUUGUGGUUAAUAUAAAGAUUUCAAAAUACACUAUGAUCUAGCCCCUUAAUUGGGACUUGUCCUUUUGGAGUUUGCUCCUGGAGCAAGGUGUGCUAAGUGUCUCCAGUAAGUAUUUUGAGCAGGAAAGUAAAGAAGUGAAUAUAAGUAAUUUCCUCACA